UAUAUUCACAUCAGAUCAAGUACUACAGUUAUCACGUCCUUACAUCUAACGUGUGAAAUCAUCUUUUACUUUUAUCGAGCAAGAGCAGCACUAAAAGAAAUAUAUUCACCUUUCAACUUGAAAAAUUCUCUUUACUGAUGUCCUGCGGUUUCUUAACGAAUACGGAGUGAAGAAAAGGGCCCGCAGCGAGGCAGAGAAGUCUUUUGCACGUUCAUUUUCGUUAUCAAUGAUCGGAAACGUUUCAGAGGCGAAAAAAAAACCCCUGUAAAUUAAACACUGUAAAAAUAUGAAGACGGCCGUACUAAUCGCCAUUAUUACGCUGACAGUAACGACUGCCUUUCUCCAAGUGACAGCCAGAAGAAAAGGUGUAUGUUAUACAAAAUAUACAAAAGAAGCUGGCUGUCGGAAAAGGGGCGAAUUUGCAAGAAAAAAAGUCAAUUUUGAUGAUUGCUGCAAAAAUAAAGGAAAAGGUUGGAGUGCAAAUAGAAGAGGAAGAAAAACCUGUAGACCAUGUGUAGAAGUUAAAAUCGAAACCGGUUAUUGGUCAAGCUGGGGAAAGUGGACAGGAUGCAGUAAGACAUGCGGCACAGGACAAAGACAAAGAAAACGUCAAUGUAUUUCAAAACAGAAUACGACCUGUUCAGGCAGAGAAAUGCAAGCCAGAAAGUGUCAAAGGACUCCGUGUCCAGUCAACGGUGGAUGGACAUCCUGGAGUACCUGGGGUCCUUGCUCAGUUACUUGUGGCAAAGGACAUCAGAACCAAAUACGAAGUUGCUCAAACCCUAAACCUCAACAUGGAGGAAAAGAGUGUCAAGGAUCACCAGAAAAAUGGAAAGCAUGUCUACUACAGGAACACUGUCCCAUUGACGGUGGAUGGGGUGAAUGGUCGGCCUGGGGAGCUUGCAGUAAAACAUGUGGUUUAGGAAGAAAGACUCGAUCACAUAAAUGUGAUUCACCAAAACCAAAGUAUGGUGGUAAGCCAUGCAACGAAAGUGAGGCACUUGGGGUCGACUACUGUCGGGAGGAAAGAUGUGGAAAAACAUCUGUGGGCUGUGACGAAAGUUACGAAGAUUGUUCUUCAGGUUCAGGCUCUGGAUGGAAAAUUAGUUCUGGUUCGGGGUCUUCUGGGUUGGGUUCAGGGUCAGGAGAACAGUCGGGUUCAGGUGCCGUCGCAUCUGGAGAAGGAUUGUCAGGAGACUCAAAACCAUUAGAUGACGAAGACUUUAGCUAAAAUAUCCAUACGCAAAGCAGUUUACUUAAUGUAUUGCACAGAGAACAUUUACCUAGAAGAACUCGGGAGAAUUCCUGCAGUAAAUAGCACAUCAUAAUUAAAAAACAUGCAUAUUCAAACCAUCAGACGAACUGAUGCAAAACAUAAACGGCUCAGAAGUAGUAUGCAGUAGUGACAGAAGUACUUAUGAAGCAUUAGUCUUGAUAGUUUUCAAUCUGUACUUCGCUGAGGCACCGUUUCAUUGGUUAGAAUAUUUUCACCCCUAAAGUAGCCAUGAAACGAGUACGCGCAGAAUGUUAGCAUGACUUUCUGGGUGUGAUUCCUAGGUGAGAAGCAUUAUGAAUACCCCCGGGUCAGCAGUUGCCUAUUUAAGCGAGAAAAUCCAAGGUUUCGGCCUCAUUUGCUCAGGUUCGCUGUACCAGUCAGUGCAAGACGGAUUUUUGACCCCACCCACCUCCCCUUCGGCGACGUUUCUCCAUUAUAACAGUUCAGUCCGGUAGCUUAAUCACAGCUUCGUCAAAACUCAUGUUCCCAAAACUUAACCGCGUGUAUGAGGUGAAUGGCUGCUUUGGCGGUGAAAAUGAUAUACUAUUCUUUGUAGGUGUAAACAUUCAUUCCAUAAACAUUGUAUUCUUGGGGUAUUCUUGGGGUGCAACAACAUGCCCAAAAUCCCUUGAGAUAUAAAUAACAAUGGAACAGGCGCCAUGUUGGUUGAUCUAAUAAGAGAAGCUAAUGAGGAUUGCUUUGUUAUCGUGAACCAAUAUGGCGGCUAUGACGUAACAUGCACCCCAAUUAUUUCCGCCAAGGCUGCUUCUGAUUCCCUGGGUCUGUGUUAACGGGGUUCCGCAUGGCUCUAGCAAUGCCACAGAUGUGUUGUUCAUAUCAUUAAAUUUUGACAUUUUAAAUUUCA